GUUAGAGCAAAAGAACACUGCUUCUGUGGGAUAAAGUCGCAGGAAGCCAAUUGUGAAGUAAAGCCUGUUUCUUAAACUCCUGAGAACACAAAUCCUUGUAUGUAAUUGACUGGUUUCAUCUCUACUUGAGGAGGUAAGAACUCAAUUGAAAAAUGUCUGUCAAGUAUCAUGCUGGUACAAUGACAACCUUGGACUGUGACAACAGCAAAAUUGACUACAAGCAACCCUUUAAAGAUGGCAGCAAGCUUCAGUAUUCAGUUCAAGCACUGGGAAACAACCCUUUCCGAGUUGCAACACUUUUCCUCUGCUUGCUGUGUGCUCUCCUUUUGGCUGGGGUUAUAGGUCAGAGCGUUCACUCUGGGAAAGUAGAGCGAGACCAUCAGAACAAAGUAACAGCCAUGAGCAAGGACAACAAGGAUCUACAGGAGAGUGUAAGGACAGAGCGAAAACAGAGAGGGGAACUGCAGACAAAUCGUGAUCGCUUGGAAGAAAGGAGCACUUACUUAACUAGAAGAACAAGCUACCAGCAGACCAAUAAUGAUAUACUGACUAAAGAAAAAAAUGAACUUACACUAAGUCUCAGUCAGUUACAGGACAGUCAUGCUGCUUUGAGCAAUGAGGUGACAGAGCUCAAAGUUAAUUUAGCCCAGCUGCAGUCUUUUCACAGUGCCGGAACUGUAGACAAAGCCCUGUUACAGAAACAAUAUGAUGCUGUGCUGAAACGCAAAAACGAGUUACAUGCCAGUCAUGAACUGGCCACUAAGGACAGAGACAGGCUUCAGAUUCAAUUUCGUAAUGUGAGCAGAUCAAAAGAUGAGCUGCAAACAAGUUACAUAAAACUUGUUAAGGAAGCAGAACAUUUGGAAGAAAGAUACAACUUAUCUUCCUUCGAAAAAGACAAGUUGGAGGGCAGUCACAGUAAUCUGGUGGAUGAGGUGAUACGUAUAAUAGAUGCCAAUUACAUUCUCAAAAAACAAGAACAGACCUUGUCUCAAAAAUUUGAUACAGCCAGGUCAAAUUUCAGUGAGGAAGACUGCAAUAAUCACACUGUAGAAAGAGAAAGACUGCAGACCACCUACGAAGACCUGAGGGAUGAAAGAGAUCAACUGCAAGCAGAAGUUGAAAGACUGAAGGCAACCAUGAAUGAUAAGAGAUGUUUGACCGGCUGGAGGAAGUUUGAGCACAGCUGCUACUUCCCCUCUUCUGUCAAGAAAAACUGGGCUAAGGCGAGAGAAUACUGCCAAACCAGGGGAGCAGAGCUGGCAAUCAUAACAAGCACAGAGGAAAUGACUUUUAUCAAUAGUCUGUAUUCAAGUGACCAGGAAGUUUGGAUUGGGCUGACGGAUGAAGGACAAGAGGACCAGUGGAAAUGGGUGGAUGGGACGUCAAUGACCUUAGCGUUCUGGGGUAAAGGCCAGCCUAACAGCCACAAUGGGAAGAACCAGGAUUGUGUUGAAGUCUGGCAUCGUACGACAGGAACUGGUGACUGGAAUGAUGAAAGCUGUACCAUAGCACAAAAAUUUAUCUGUGAAAUUUGAUUCUGAUGUACUGAGGGGUGUAAGGGUUUGGUCUUGUUCGCCUGUGUCUGGUUCUCAUGAGUAUCCUGUCAUGUGAGCUGUGCAUUUAAUUGUUUAUGGCCUUUUACGACUUUAUAUGUAGAGAUUUACACGGAAUGAUAAACAGCGCUGUGAACAGCUUAAGGCUGAAGACAGUAGCUGGUGUUGAGUAAGUUAAAUUAAGCACAAGGCCUUUUUUUGGGAUACGCUAGGUAAAAAGAAGCAGCUUGUUAAGGUGGUUUUGAGAGUCCCUUUGAAAAUGGUUCUGUUUAUUAAAUCAUCAUGUUGUAUAAAACUAAUUAAGAAUUACAAUGAAUUUGUGGUUUACCCACACUUACAAUUUUAACUAAUUCACUUUUAAGUAAUUGAAUUGCUCAUUAAUGCAUGCAUCUUUUAGGGGGACUUUUGAGUAUCUGGUGGACAACUUGGUUUUGGUUUGCUUGCUCUGAGCUGCUGUAAAAUAUCUGCUAAAGCCUGAAAACAAGAAAAUGCAUUUUUUUUUUCAGCAUAUGUUCAUGUGGGAUCAAUAAGGCACAUGGGAGGCUUUGCAGAGUGUAACUGUUACCCUAGUAUACUGUAUUAUCCAUGACCCAGUUUGUUUUAAUAAACAUCUUAUUUGUGAUUUAA